CACAAACCACCACUACACCCACCAAACAUGGAAGGCAGUGCUUGGAUUUCAUAUGCUGCAGCUUGGCUAGGAGUUUUAGCCCUCCUCCUCCUAGGCCGUCGCCUCCGCUGCCGCAAGCUCAAAUUACCACCUGGGCCGAAACCCUGGCCCAUCAUUGGUAACCUCAACCUCAUGGGACAUCUUCCCCAUCGUUCAAUCCAUGAACUAACCCAAAAGUAUGGCCCCAUCAUGCAGCUCCGUUUCGGGUCCUUCCCCGUUGUUGUUGGCUCUUCAGCUGAAAUGGCCGAAGCCUUUCUCAAAACCCAUGAUGUCACCUUGGCCGGCCGGCCAAAUAUCGCAGCAGGCAAACACGCCGCCUACAACAACUCGGACAUCACUUGGUCCCCUUACGGACCAUAUUGGCGCCAAGCACGUAAAAUGUGCGUAAUGGAGCUUUUCAGUGCCAAGCGGCUCGAGUCCCAUGAAUACAUUAGAAAAGAAGAAAUGAAUGCAGUACUUAGAGGUCUAUACAAGUCCUCCAACACCAACAUCCUGUUGAAAGACCAUCUUUCAGAUUUGAGCCUGAAUGUUAUCAGCCGAAUGGUGCUUGGAAAGAAAUACACAGACGAGUCUGAAAACGCGAUUGUGACUCCAGAUGAGUUCAAGAAAAUGCUUGAUGACCUGUUCUUGCUGGGUGGAGUUUUGAACAUUGGUGACUCAAUACCUUGGCUUAAUUUCUUGGACUUACAAGGGUACAUAAAGAGAUUGAAGGCUUUGAGCAAGAAGUUUGAUAGGUUUCUGGAGCAUGUCCUGGAUGAACACAUUUCAAACAGCAAGGCACCUAAUUUUGUUGCAAAAGAUUUGGUCGAUGUGCUGUUGCAACUUGCUGCUGAUCCUAACCUUGAAGUCAAGCUUGAACGGCAUGGAGUCAAGGCUUUUACCCUGGACCUACUUGCUGGCGGAACAGAGAGUUCAUCCAUGACCGUAGAAUGGGGAAUGUCUGAAGUCCUAAGGAAGCCAGAGAUUUUUAAGAAGGCAACAGAAGAGCUAGACAGGGUGAUUGGAAGAGACAGAUGGGUCGAAGAGAAGGACAUUGUCAACUUACCGUACAUUGAUGCCAUUGCUAAAGAAACAAUGAGGUUGCACCCUGUUGCACCCUUGUUGGUACCACGACUAGCCCGUGAAGACUGCCAAGUUGCUGGUUAUGACAUUAUUAAGGGUACCAGAAUCCUAGUAAGCAUAUGGUCCAUUGGGAGAGACCCUAAGUAUUGGGACGAUCCCCUAGAGUUUUUGCCUGAAAGGUUUAUUGGGAAAGAUAUCGAUGUCAAAGGUCAAGACUUUAAGCUAUUGCCAUUUGGGUCAGGCAGGAGGAUGUGCCCUGGCUACAGUCUAGGCUAUAAGCUGAUCCAGUCAAGUAUUGCGAAUCUCUUGCAUGGAUUUAACUGGAGGUUACCUGAUAAUAUGAAGAAAGAGGAUUUGAGUAUGGAAGAAAUUUUUGGGCUUUCAACACCCAGAAAAUAUCCUCUCAUUGCAGUCACGGAGCCUCGUCUUCCGGUUCAUCUUUAUUCAAUGUGAUCAAGCCUUCCCCCGAAGCUUAGAACUACUCCCCUUCAACAAAGCAGUACUGGGACUACAGCUUCUACAAUACGUUUGCUGGGCUUGUGCAUUAAGUGUUGGCAUUAGUUUGCUAUUUAUGGCUUCAUAACUACGUUACCAAGAGUCUUAUGUAUAUCUUCCAAUUCCAGAAGCUAUCGUUGUAAUGUCUUUCUAUGUGAAUC